GAGACAACUACAAGCCAUCGCCAUUAUCGCCCUUGCCAUUGUUGACGUGAAUAGCGAGCCGACGUUUCCGAUCGAGGGCAUAAUGCCAUUUGUGCAAGCAACGGCGGCCAUGGCGAAGGCACCAGCAGCGGAGGAGACCAAGGGCAUGGCCACCCUGCUGAGCCUUCUCCGUAGUGUCGCGACCUCGGAGGAGAAGGCCCGCGCCACCGCCGGAACGGGGGAAGAGAAGGUGGAGUGGCUCCGGUCGCAGCUGAUCGGGAAGGACGUCGAGUUCGACACGCCGUUCGGGCAGCGCGCGCUGACGUACGCCGACCAGACGGCGUCCGGCCGGAGCCUGCGGUACAUCGAGGACUACAUCGUCAACGAGGUCCUCCCCUUCUACGGCAACACGCACACGGAGGACAGCCACGUCGGGAGCAAGACGACGCGGCUGGUGCACAAGGCGGCGCGCUACGUGAAGCGCUGCAUGGGCGCGGGCCCCGGCGACGCGCUGCUCUUCUGUGGCUCCGGCACCACGGCGGCCAUCAAGCGCCUGCAGGAGGUCAUGGGCAUCGCCGUGCCGUCCGCCGAGCUGCGCGACCGCCUGGCGGCGCAGCUCCGCCCCGAGGAGCGGUGGGUGGUCUUCGUCGGGCCCUACGAACACCACUCCAACCUGCUGUCGUGGCGGCGCAGCCUGGCCGAGGUCGUGGAGAUUGGCGUCGACGCCGACGGGCUCGUCGACAUCGCCUCGCUUCGACGCGCGCUUGCCUCGCACGAGUACGCGGACCGGCCCCUGCUGGGAUCCUUCUCGGCGUGCAGCAACGUCACCGGCGUCAUGACGGACACGCGCGAGCUAGCACGCGUUCUGCACCAGCACGGCGCCUUCGCGUGCUUCGACUUCGCCGCCAGUGGCCCAUAUGUAAAGAUUGACAUGAAGUCUGGCGAAAUCGACGGCUACGAUGCGGUCUUCUUGAGCCCGCACAAAUUUGUCGGCGGCCCGGGCACACCAGGCAUCCUUGUAUUGAACAAAGCACUGUACCGGCUCAAAUCCCAGCCUCCCUCGACAUGCGGCGGUGGCACUGUGGCCUAUGUCAACGGCUUCAACGAGGAGGAUACAUUGUACCAUGACGACAUUGAGGAGCGGGAGGAUGCUGGCACGCCACCGAUCAUCCAAAAGAUCCGUGAAUCUCUCGCAUUUUGGGUCAAGGAGUACAUCGGAUAUGACACCAUGAGCCUUCGAGAGCGAGUAUACUCCGAGAUGGCGAUGAAAAGGCUUGUUAGCAACCCAAAUGUAAGGGUGCUAGGCAACACGAAUGCUGAACGCCUACCCAUCUUCUCGUUCCUCAUCUACCCUCCGGAGUCCAAUUCGUUGUUUGAUGUGGCUGACGAGCCAUGUUGCGACAAGAUAUUGAAUGAUGCGAGGCACAAGCGUCUCCCUCUCCAUGGACGUUUUGUUACAAGGCUUCUUAACGAUCUUUUCGGCAUUCAGGCGAGGGGUGGCUGCGCAUGCGCAGGCCCCUACGGCCAUACAUUGCUCAACAUUGAGAACGAUCUCUCCCUUCGCAUUCGGUCUGCAAUUCUCAAGGGGUAUAAUGGAUUGAAACCAGGAUGGACUAGGUUGAGCUUUGCUUACUAUCUAUCGAAGGAGGAGUUCAAAUUCAUCCUCGAUGCCAUUGAGUUUGUUGCGGCAUACGGUCACCGCUUCCUCCCUUUCUACAAAUUCGACUGGAUCACUGGUGACUGGACGUUUCGAGAACAGGCGAUCAAGUACCACAUCAUGAAGGAGGAGCUGGCUCUUGCCGCAAGUGCUGGUUUCCUAGAUGAAAAUGGCAUAUCAAAGGUUGCGGAUAAACCGAAAAAGAAAUUUGAGGCAAAUAAUAAGAAGUUUGAGAGCUACUUAGAGAGUGCCAAGAAAAUUGCAGUCUCCUUGACAGAUAUCAGUCAUCAGGUUGUCAUUGUCCCAAAAGGAGUAGACCCUGACAUGAUUCUUUUUCAUAUUUAGUACAUUUCGGCUAUAGCAAUAAGACUAAAACUUUGUCGAGUAUUUCGGUA